AUGUCUAGGCCGUCUACCACAACUACAACCACCGAAAUAAACGCUAAUAAUUUGUCGAAAAUACCUCAAUGGCUUAAUAAAGAAUUUUUUAAACCGGCAUUUAAACAGGUUUUAAACUUUAAAGAAAUAAGUUCUAUAAUUCCAAUCACAACUGAAACACCUGAUAAAACUGUAGCAUCUGAUUUUAUACGAGUUCUCUUAGAGGUCAAAUUAACAGCUAUAUCGACUGAAGAUGCCGUUUUAGUUCUGGAAGAUUUCAGCAGAAAAAAGUUCCAUAACGUAGACCGCUUUAAAGGUUUCGAUAUGUUACACAUGCGUUGGGCUUUACGGAAGUUAGCUGAGUUUCAUGCAGCUACAACAGUCUAUUGUGAAACUGAAGGCCCAUAUCCUGAUUUAUACCAGGAGAGUUUCUGUAAUGCAUCCAACAUACGUAUGGUAAAAAGAAUAACGGAGAAACGUCAAUUACAUUUUCGAAAUGCAAUGCGCCAGUGGGGUUUACCACAUGUUGAAGACUUUAUAAAAAAAAUGCCAACAAUUAAAGAUUAUAUGGAAGCAGUUUUGAACUCAAAUAAUGUGGAUCCCAAUGAAAUUAAUGUGCUUAAUCACGGACAACUAUUCAAUACAAAUAUUUUGUUUAAUUAUAAUGAGAGUGGCGUUAUAGAUGAGGCAAUAUUCAUAGGCUUUCAACACUGCAACUAUGGUUCACCAGCUCAAGAUUUGUGGCAAUUAAUCAUAACAUCAGCUGAACUUGAUAUUAAAAUAAGAGAAUUUGAUCAUUUUUUAUUUAUUUACCAUGCACAUUUAAUUGAAUGUUUAAAACUUCUAAAAUAUGAAACUGAGAAGUCCUGGCCGACUUUGAUGGAUAUUCAACAGAUGAUGUUUAAAUAUGGAUUUUGGGGACCUAUUGCUGCAAACACUACACUUUGCAAUUUGUUGUUGCCAACGAGUGAACAGUCUUCUUUUGAAAAUAUGUUCAGACCUGGACACGAAGGAGAUAUUUUACGUUAUAAAAGUUUUACUAACCCUCAUUAUGCCAAAGCAAUGUGUCAACUAAUACCAUUUUUUGCAUAUAAGGGUAUAUAA